UAUUCAACUGACUAUGCACGAGUCUGGAGAGCACUAAACAAUACUCUCAUAUUUGGAUUUUGUUCAAACAAUGUCUGCUCAACAAUAUAAUCAAUUCUUCGAUUUGGAUAGUGCAACGGAAGAAGACGACCGUGAUAGUUUCAGCGGGGACGGGAUGCGUGAUGAGAGAUGACGAAAAUGAUAGCGAGGAUGUCGUGGACGAUGAUGUCAGUGAGAGUGAGUCCAGCAUAUACACCUCGUCCGACGAAGAACCUACCACCGAGGACUUGGCUUUUAUUGUGCCUGAUACAUACGAGCCCAGUGGUGAUAAUGACGAUGUGAUCAGUGAAGAAGAUGUACACGUGUAUCAUAUAGAGGGUUAUGGCACGUUCAUCCCACUUUCAGGAUAUGAGGAUCUGAUGUUGAGGCCAUCGCUGAAGCUUCGUAUACUUCGAAACCACACGGUGGAGCAGCCAGCACGUUUUCUUCGCCUCGGCCGCUCUGCCCAAGACUCUACGUGUUCCUCAUCAAUCACUUCGGUUUCAGAUACCUAG